AUCGAUUAUUUCGCGCCGGCGCGCGUCGUAACUCACUGGAUCUCGCCAGUUGGACAUUGGAAUUCAUUUCAUUUCUUCAGACUAUACUUGCGUUGUGUCGUUAAAUUCUUAUAAAUUAAUGCAUAAUUACAGCAAAUAUCUAACGUUUUAAUAACUUGUUUAUAUAAUUAAAAAGUGACUAUUGAGAGAUAUAUAUAAUUUCCUCGGAAACUCUUGACAAAUUCUUAUACGCCUAUUGAACAUUUAAAUCAGGUUGUGUAGUAUUCAUCGGUGAAUCGAUUGAAUCUAUUUAACAAUAAUAUUGUACAGUGUUAUUUAUUUAUAAUGGGGUCGAUUGUGCUAAAAAGUUUAUCUAUUCUUCUGGGAUUGUUCUUUAUAUUUAUGGGUAUUACCAAGAUUUCUCCAUUUAUUUCAAAGGAAUUGCACAAGGAAUUGCGAAAGGAGUACGUCAGAUAUGCGAAAGUGUUUCCGUUGAGUGAGAUGCUGGAUUUUAAAGUUCCGUCCAAAUGGUACCGACGGACUAUCGGGGGAUGUGAAAUACUUUUUGGAAUAAUUCUCGCUCUUAUACCACAUCAGAGGAUAAAAAACGCGGCAAACAUUGGUCUAAUCCUACUGAUGGUGCUGGCGACGUACUCGCACGUGGCCAUCAGCGACCCCUUCGACCGAUCCGCACCCACCAUCGUCUUCUUCUUCAUGCUUUGCGGGAGACUGGUCGUUUGGUAUCAGACCCAUCGCCGAGAGAUGCUGGAGAAGUUAGCCGCGACACAAAACGGCAACGGUCUUAAGAGAGAUUGAUAUUAUUUUGUUGUCGAAUACAUUUAAUUUUUUGUUGCGUUUUAUCCAUCGGUCUACUGAGCGUUCCUUUUCAACAGUUCCGUUUGUCGCACCCUUGGUCCAGAUAAGGGAACGAGUAGGUUGUCGAUUACGAAUUUAUUAAUGUUACUUCGGUGUUCGCCUUUUUGGUCUUUAUAUGAUUAAACGCCCUGUGAUUUUGGUCUAGUCA